AUGGAAUGCAAAACAAAUAGAAGAAGUGGUGCUGCAGUUCUGAUAACAUUCGCAUUAAAGGAAGAAUACUGGCCAGACAUACCAGCACAGCUACUAACCAAGAAGGAAAUUUUACCUGAUAUUGACAUGAGGAAACAAAGCUUUUAUCAAAACUGUAUGACUACAGAUAUUGAUGGUAUACCUGUGCGGUGGGUUGCCUGUGGUAACGAAUGUAUGAUUUGCUAUUUUCUAUGGCACUCGUACCUUAGGGUUGCCUCCUUUAGAGCUGUUAUUACCGCACAUCACCGCCGUUUAGUAAGCACGGCCACAAUUUUUUUACUCUUGGCGUAUUGCAGUACUCUACGCAACGAAUGACAUUUUUACUUUUAUACGGCACGUCAUGAUCAAAUUCUUUGACAAGUGUUACACGUCAAGCACAGUCAUACCAUUUUAUCAGUUCAAAU